UUACGUCUCCAGUUUGCAAUCGGCGCGUAGAUGAGUCGUGUCCCGAGUCCCGAGUCCCCCGGGUGCCGAACACGUUCGGUCGGCUCAUUUUCUUGCGACGCGUGCGAAGUAUGGAAGUGAUGACUCUUUAGCGCCAUCGAAAUUAUGCUUUCCCUUAAAAGUCCGACAGUCGGACGAUACGGCGCGACGAUGGCAAUGGAACGAAUGUAUGCUUCGCGAGACGUGAAUUGCGUUUAAACCAAAGCCGAAUUCGUCGAACGACGAUUAGUCGGAUGUGCGAUCUGUUUCCGCGUGAGAUAGACAGUAUAAUAUUACGUGCAACAAUAUUGUGCCAUUGUAUCGACAAAGAUACUUAUCGGGAAGUGAAGACGACAAAUCGCGUUAGGAUGAGAAGGAAGUAACUCAAGCGGAACAAUUUGUACCUGAACAGAAACAAAAAGUUCCGUCGUGCGUAAGUCGUAGAGUUGCCUCAUAUCUUAUUCUCGGUUGGAUAGUCUUACAAUUCCGACGUGUUUUACGUUUUUUUUUUUAAAUUUUUUGUUUUAAAAAUUAAAAGUUACAUCGCAAUAUCGUGUAAAAUGUGAUGACAAACAUAAAUUUAAAUAUUAAAAGUAGAUUUUGUUUAGUUGAUCCUCGUCCGGUUAUGGUUUGCUUUUGUAUGCCUAUUUUAUUUUCCGUCUUUGAAAAUGUGAUAAUCUUAGUAAGGCGCGAGGUGGUGCCAUGAUGAUAACGAGCAAAUAUUUGACGAUCUUAAUUUUCGACCAUGCUCAAUAAUCAUUCGAUGAUGUCGGCUAUCGAGGAAUUAAUAGACGAUGUCGUAGCUAACGACACCAACGCAACAGAUUUUCCCGAUUACGACAUCAAUGAUUCCUUCAGUCACUUCGAAUGGGCAGAAUUGGCGCCUGUGCUAGUGGUCUACAGCUUGACUUUCAUCCUCGGACUAGUCGGAAAUGUCAUUAUUAUCACUUCCACCCUUUGUCCACGACUCAGACCGUUGCCCGCAACACCGACCAACGUUUUCUUGGGGGGUCUGGCCACAGCUGAUCUUUUAUUAAUCAUAUUCUGCAUACCCGUAAAGAUAGCGAAACUAUUUUCCUAUACAUGGACCAUGGGCAUCUUUCUUUGCAAAGUUGUUCAUUACAUGCAGAGCGUGUCGGCUAUCUGCUCAGUUGUCACUCUCACCGCGAUGUCGGUCGAAAGAUAUUAUGCGAUAGUGCAUCCAAUGAGAGCACAGUACACGUGCACUAUAAGUCAAGCUCGCAAGAUCGUGAUUAUAACUUGGAUUACAUCGUUUCUACUGGGAAUUCCAAUGAUUUUUACACAGACGCACAAACAGGUCGGAGAGAAAUAUAUUGCCUAUUGGUGCGUUCGUGAUUCCGAAGCUGGACUUUUGUGGCGAUUCCACGAGGUUUACAUGCUGAUCGUGGUACUGAUAUUACCGCUAAGUAUCAUGGCGUUUUGCUACGCAACCAUCUGCUGGGAGAUCUGGCGCGUUAUGAAGCGUCGGUAUCAUAUGACGUCGCGACACGCAUUAAGUCCAAAUAGCGUGGACACGGAAUCUAUACCAAUGACGCAACGACAGAGUGGAAAUGAGCGUAAAUCGCGUCGCGACGAGAACGAUGAUGAAUUACGAACAAUAAAGCAGGUAGUGAAGAUGUUAGUGGCUGUUGUGGUGUUAUUCGCUAUUUGCUGGGCCCCAAUGCUCAUCGACAAUGUGCUGACAGCUUACGGUUGCUUGCCGCGUCUCAAGAACGGGACGCACAAACAUCUCAAUACCGUGUUUCAAUUGAUGGCUUAUUUUAACAGUUGUAUAAACCCGAUAGUUUACGGGUUUAUGUCCAAGCACUUCAGGGAGAGCUUCCUGUCGGCUGCCUGCGGCAGAUGGAUUUGCUGUCCCAGAAGAGGCUACCGAUCAUCCGUAACGAGGCAUCCCAGCCUCAGCCAGACUAGAAGUACCAGCGUGAGAUGGACCUGAUUCUUUCUUCAUUCCCAGACCAGAUCGUCGAGGGAGGUCCGUCAAAUAGGGGAAAAUUUCCGACAGUGAAGAAAGUUAAAAAAAAAACGCGAUUAUAAAUUUUACGAAGAUGGAAAAAGAUCUUUCGACUGCCUACGACUAUUUCGAGAAGCAGAGUGACAGGAGCGACAAAACUUUUGUGAAUUGACAAUGACUCCAAUGCAAAGUAUGAACUAUCUGCUAGGGCGGUCUCGUAGAUAAUGUAAGUUCCCGAAUGGGCUCAUAGUCUAUUUAUCUACCUAUUUAUCUUCGUGUCGCACUUCGUAGCGGUAGCAUUAUCGCUCACUCCUGGGCAAGAUAAUUGGACAGUUGAUUAAUUGGAUAUUUGGACAAUUGGACGUUUAACGUACGGUUAAGCCGAGUGGGCGGAUAAGGAUCAGAAAGUGGGCUUUAGGCGUGGGGGCAACGGCGGUAUCCAAGGUGGCCGCGUAGUAUAGUAGCUCAGUUAUAAAUAGCGAAGUGGUCCGGAUUUAGAAAUCUUGCGAAGAUAUCUCGCGUAAAAAAUAAAAAGACAUUGAUUAAAUUCUGCAGCAAGGUGCAGAAUUAUUAAAGAACAAUUGAAUAUUUAUUUGAAAAGUUCCCUAAGGAUAUAUAUCGAGCACCAAGUUUUUAAAUGUUGAUACUCUUUAAUUCAUGUAGAAUCGCAUAAGAAUUCGAUAAAAAUAAGAUAAUCUCGCCGUUUAUUUAACUCUAGUCUGAUUUUAAGAAUUUUGCUUUUUGUAUAAAGCACACUACUUCAACUAAGCUUAAAGCUAGAAACAGUGCAUAUUUUGUUGCGAAUGUGUCGAUCUAGCUUUUGCUUGAUAUUUAUGCUGUGAAUCAGCUUUGUGUAUUUUAUCCAAAGAGAAAAUACAAUGAAUUCGAUAACUAUAUUUAUCAUAAAAAGUGCAUCGCAAAGUGCGCUGACUAUCGGGAGAGAAACCGUUUCGACGAAUGUUUCGCAAAAACUCGAUACGCUCUAGCAGCUAUAUUAGAUGCAGUGUAUUGCAGACGCGACAAAUUUGCCAAAUAUUCGCGAUGCACGUUUGACAACGGGUAACGGGAUAAACAUUUCCCACACAAGAAUUCUGCAAUGUGAGAGAUGGAGGCAAGUAUCGAUUUAACAUUUGCAUUUAUGUAUAUAUGUAAUAAUUUCUCAAAGCGUCAUAUUUCGAAGUCAGGGCAGUGACGUAAUUUAUCGUGGAUAUUCGUAGCAUAUUCUCGAAACAUUGAACCAUACGCGUUUACACGAGAAUAUAAUGUCAGAGAAUAUAAUUGUAGCUAGAUUAAUUAACUUGUUCCAACGUGUCCAUGUCAAGAGGAUCAACUGUAAAUUUUAUAUGAGUAAUCUCGAUUUUUGUUACUCAUUGUCACGGGAGAAUUUUGCAUUCUUUCUUAUUUUUGUGGGUUUCUUUUUAAAUUCUUAAUAUCAAAUAUUGAUUAUUGGUUUAUUCUAUCUAUAAUAUUAGUAAUAAUAAUACAAGUUUUUACGUUAAAGAAUUUUUAAUAUAUAGCUUUUAGCGGUCCGUCGUGUCAGGCACGCGGGUUUUCGAUAGUAAGCCGUAUUAUAAAAAAAAAAAAAGAAAAAAAAAACUGGGGAAACCAAGUCGCUAAUCAGUGUAUAGAAAAUACGUAAAUAAAUAAGUAUUACAUUAUUUAAACUCUCUGUUUAGAUUUGAUAAGUGUGAUGUUAUGCGAUGUUUAUAAUUCUGUGAUUGCCGAGAUAAUGAUCUAAAUGCUACAGGAAUAGCGUAAAUAAAUUUUUGAUGGUUAUAAAUAAGAGAUACUAAUGAAAUACAUUAAACGCACGAUUAACAUGCCGCAAAAUUAAAAUCAAUUAUUUGCGUAAUGUGCAACAGCUUUCAUCUGCAUUGUGUCUGUGUUUGCGCGGGAGAUUAAAAACAAAAAGUAUAUAUUUACAAGCUUCAAGUUCUCAAGUCAUUGGCUUUAAUCUCAUAAUUGUAAUAUGUGUAUAGAAAUAUUAUUAAACUUAUUAAAGUAUACACAUCAGCAAGGCUUUAGAAUAAUUUUUUGAGUAGAUAAAUAGACAAAAGUACACUCUUGGGCACUGAGAUCUUUCCGACAAUUUAAAGGGUUAAUUAUAUAAUUUUAUUUAUAAUUUUUAUUGCAUUAUUAUCCUUUCGUUGAACACGUGAUGACAGACUGAGAAUUAGCAAUGUAAAAAUAAUUUUAUUGUUGAAUUUAAAUUAUUCGAAUAAUACACGAUGAUAUUAAUGACAUAAUUUCUCUUUAAUAUAUAUUAUCGUAUUUAUUGCAUUUGAUGUAUUAUACGGACGAUAAUUGCCAGAGUCUACGACAAACCGGCAUGAGACAUAAUAAUGAGAUAAAUAAAACUGUUCUCGUAUCGACAUUUAAUUGCCGAGAAUCAUAAUUAAUCACAAGAUAUUUCUUGCAAAUUCUUCAACUUAACUGUAAUACAAUCUUAUAUAUAUAUAUAUAUAUAUAUAUAUAUAUAUAUAUAUAUAUGUUUUACAAUUUUAUUAUACACAAUUUUUUUGUGCUAUUAAGAGAUCAAUGGUUUUAAGAUUGAUGACAAACGAUUAUGCUUCAAAACGAUUUGUUGCAAAAGUUGUGUAGUUUUAAAAUGAAAUUUUAUUGUAAAAAAGAUAAGAUUUUAGAGUCUUACUUAAAAAAUUUUUUCACAAAAUUAUCAUAUCUUCAUGAAUUUUUCAAUUAGUAAAUUCUAAAUAACAUAUGACAGAAGAGAUCCAGACAGCACAAGUUUCUCAAAGGUGACAACAAAAAAAUACAACUUAAAGAAACGUUUUAUUAUGUUUUAGAUAUCUUUAAGAUAUCUUUUGGCUUUUCUAUGCUGUCUGGAGAGGAGAUAUUUGGGCGUGAACGUCGGCAAUGAAAAGUCGAUCUUUAUACGUGCGUAUAGUGUGUAGAUUAAUUAAAUCUAUAUAGAGUAAAGAAUUGUUUCUUUUCCACAGGAACAUGCAUACGUAUUUAUACGCGCGAAUUAAUUUAUCUUAAAUAAUAGCGUAUAUAUAAUAGCGCGAGUAUGAUAUAUAUAUAUAUAUAUAUAUAUAUAUAUAUAUAUAUAUAUACAUAUAGAUAUAUAUACAAAUAUACACGCAUAAACUGUAUAUUUCGUAUGUGAUUAGAUGUUAUACACGGCUUUAAAUGUCUAAAUAUACGUACUAGUCAAUUUUUUCUUAGAAUGAUAUCUAUCUAGAUUUUAGAUUACGAUAUCCCAGAGAGAGAGAGAGAGAGAGAGAGAGAGAGAGAGAGAGAAUAAAAAAUGUAAAUAUGAACAAUAUGGGUUGCUCUUUUUAAUUUCACAAUUCCAUCUUUCUCGCCAUUUUUUUACCAUAAUUUCUGAUCUUAAAUUCCUUAGGAAGGCACCAUAGUGAAUUAUGUGCACUAUCUCACAUAUACUAUGUCGUGUAUAGCCUCUACGCAUAGUUACGUGCGUAGUUGCUAAUUUUGAAUGUUUGUAUCGUCGAGUUAUGCAAAUAAUGCAGAAUUCUCAACCAAUCGAGACCAUUGUUCAAAAUAUUCAACGAUCGCGUUUGAACAUAUAAUUAAUUAAAUCAGAAUUGAUUAUCAUUUAUGUAUGAAAUUUAUGUUGCGAUAACUAUUAUAUCUUGCAUUAUCCAUGAUAAGAUAAUCAAAUGGACGGAAUUCACGUUAUGAUUAUUCAUGUACAUUCCGUGCUGUAUAUUUGUAUAAUUUUGAAUUUACUGGUUAUAUUUAAUUAUGUCACUAGAUUUGAGAAAGAAACAAUUAGUUUCUAAACUGAUACAUAUUAUAUUUAUAUUACAAUAAUAUAUGGAAAAUUCCGGAAGAUAAAGAUACACAAAGUAUACGAUUUGUUUAAAUAGCCCAUGAAAUUUCAUUAGAAAACAAGCAAGGCGGAUGUCAUUAUAAUAGAACAUAGACAUGAAUUGGAAACCGAUUGUUACGGCAAAACCGAUACAUUUAACCUGAGAUGGGAACGAUUUUCGAAUGAAAGAAAGAAAGAGAUAAUGUUAUUUGAAGCGUAGACGUGACGUUGGUAUAAGCUCUGAAAUAUCGUAUGGCGAGCCAAAAAAAGUAAGCGGAUAUAGCUAAUUUAAGAGAGACGGAAUAAAGCUGUAAUAUACGCCUAAUCAUAUCGUGUUGCAAGGAAAAAGUACAAUAGAAUGUCCACUCGAAGGUAAAUGCUCGAAGGUAGACGAGAAGGAUAAAAGCAUGUGAAGAAAAUAAUAGUUUCACGAACGAGAUAGCUACUGUACAAUGUAUAGAUUAUAUAUAUAUGGUAAAAAAAAAAAAAAAACAA